AUGGAUAAUGCAAGUGGAAUUUUAGAAUUUCCACACCCUCUUAAUCCGUUCAUCGAUCUUGAAGCUGAAGUAAAACUUCAACUACAAAUAGAUUCAGAAUAUCAACAAGAACUAGAAGCUGACCCAAAAAUUUCAGAAAUAUAUACACAAAUUAAAGAAAAUUUCAAAAUUGAUGCACAAGAAUUUACAAAACACAUAGGAUUAUUGGCAUUAGAAUGUCUUUUUCUAAUGUCAUUUAAUAAGAAAGCAUCCGAAAUAAUAAAGAAACGUGAAGAUUUUAUGUCUGAAAUUCGAAAAUUUGCUAAUGAUAAUAAUUUGAUAAAAACCAAUGGACGUUUGAAAAAAGUAAUAGAUGGUUUAUUAUGGAAAUUAGAAAAUGAAGAUAAAUUUAAAAAACAACAAAAAACAACAGCGAUCAAAAAAGAUAAUGAGUUUGAUUUGAUGAUUAGUUACAGUUGGCAUGACAAAUCAUUAAUACAUGACAUUUAUAAAUAUUUAACACAACAAUUUAAUUAUCGAGUAUGGUUGGAUGAAAAUCAAAUGACUGGUUCCCUAUGUCAAGCAAUGGCAAAGGCAGUAGAAAAAUCGAAAAUCAUUCUUAUGUGUAUGUCAGAAACUUAUAAAACAAGUGGACAUUGUCGAAAUGAAGCUGAAUAUGCUCGUGAUAGAAAAAAAAUAAUUAUUCCAUUGAUUGUUCAAAAAGUUGAACGUGAUGGUUGGCUUGGAUUUAUAUCUGCUGGAAAAAUCGAUAUUGACUUUAUAAAAAAUGACUUUCAAGAAGCUAUUCAUUUAUUAAAAGUUGAAAUUGAACGAUAUGAAUACAAUGAAGAAAAAAAUAUUCCAAAGAUUAAAACAAAUGAAAUAAAUUCGUCUGUUGCUGCUCCUAUACCAGAAACAACGAAAUUACUUGUUCGUCCAGCUGUCAUAUCUAAAGACUAUAAAAAAAUUGCUCUAGAAUUAUGGUCUGAACAACAUGUUCAAGAUUUUCUUUAUGAUAAUAAAUUAGAUAUGAUGAUUUUAUUAACGGAAAAUAUGAAUGGUGAACAACUUUAUUUAUUAUUAGAAAAAUGUCUGCGAGACCAAGAUUGUUGGACUACGUUUGAUCAUCUCAAUAGAGAACUACAAGAAAGACACAAAGAGACACUUCAAAUAUCACUUUACCUAAGAUUUAUCAAUCUGACACAGAAAUAUAUGAAUAGAUCAUCAUUUUAA